AUGUCAGGUUUCGGAGGAAACCCGCCGCCAGGUGGAAACUUCUACCCUCCACCACCAGAGAAGGGUGGAUAUGAUCAACAACACGGUCAACAGCAGUAUUUUGCGCCUCCGCCAGGCGGCCAAUCAUACCCUCCACCUCCGUCGUCUCCUCCUGCGCAGCAACAUCAACAACAGCAGCAGUCACAGCACUAUCCUCCUCCACCAGGUGGACAGCAACAGCAAUAUGCGCCGCCUCCAGACCACACCCAACAACACUUCCCGCCGCCGGGCAGCGCGCCUCCUCAGCACCAACCACAACAACAACCACAACAACACCAGCAGCAACACCAGCCGCCGCCGCAGCUAUUCCCCGAGAAAGGGCCCUUGAGCCCUUUCGGCACCCCGGCACCAACUCAAAGUCCUCUUCAACACCCAGGCAUACCACCACAGCAGAUCAGCCAGCAGCAGAUACAACCACAGCAGCAACAGGUCCAGGCCUCCCAACCACAGUUUGCAGGCACAGGGAGCACAUCUGCUGACGAUGUCGGAACCUUCAAUGGCGGAAGCUACCGAGUGAGCCACAGGAACACGAACACAAUCCUCACAGUGCAACUUGCAAUCGGAUGUCCCCUUACCGCGAAACCUGGCGUAAUGAUAGCGAUGACCCCGACUAUAACCCUCAAAGGCACCAUGAAAUUCUCUUUUAAGAAAGUUCUCACCGGAGGCGAGAUGUCUAAGUCAAUCUACACCGGUCCCGGCGAGUUGCUUCUCGCGCCUGCUGCCAUCGGCGACAUAACCAUCAUCAAGCUUGGGGGCCAUGAGCAAUGGAGCGUGGGUAAAGACGCGUUUCUGGCAUGUACACAGGGCAUUGUGACCGAGUACAAGAGUCAGGGUGUGACAAAGGCGAUGUUCAGUGGCGAGGGAUUGUUUGUGUACAAGAUUUCGGGUCAGGGCAUCCUUUGGUGCACCAGUUUUGGCGCGAUCAUCCGGAAAGAUUUGCAAAAAGAUGAAAAAUACAUAAUCGAUAACGGCCAUCUUGUUGCUUGGAACUGCAAGUACGUCCUUGAGCGUGUCGCGUCCGGCGGCAUCGUGUCGAAUAUGAUGGCAAGUGAAGGGCUGGUUUGCAAGUUCACAGGCCCGGGGACGAUCUUCAUGCAAACAAGAAACGCUCAGGCUUUCGCGGCGUGGCUUGCAGCUAACUCUGCGAAUGCAGCGAUGUAG